AUGGAGCUCCAUGUACGUGCGUGUUCAGCGCGUAACUUGCUGGACAAACAGACUUUUGGCAAACAAGAUCCUUAUUGUAAACUCACGCUACGUGAUCGAAGUACUAGAACACGAGUACAUGACAAUGGACACAAGACGCCCGUGUGGAAUGAAGUUUUUGUCUUUUCGGUCGUGGAUCCACAGCUCGACCAGCUCGUUGUCGAAGUAAAAGACAAGAACUUUACGGCUAGCACCCUUAUAGGUGACUGUCGUCUACCCGUGAGCAUGUUUCUCAAUGGUAGUGUUACGGACCAAUGGUACGCACUUAAUAAUGGCUCCAAGUCUGCAGGGGAGAUCAAUCUGCGCGUGCAAUUUAAGAGCCCAAAUAUGCAGCACACGGCGGCAGCUUCUGUGGCUUCCGUUAAGAAGGCGUCUGAACGAUUCGUGGCCCAGGCCCAGGCCUACCCGUAUCCGCAGCAGUCGAGCAACCCAAACUCGCAGCAGUACCCGGUCCCUGGUGCCUAUGCCUAUCCGGCGUCGGCCAGCGCUGCUGUGCCUGCCGCUUCAGCGCCUCAGCCGUACUCAUCUCAGCAGUACCCGACUCAGCAAUAUCCACCUCAGCAAUAUCCACCUCAGCAGUACCCGACUCAGCAGUACCCGACUCAGCAGUACCCGCCUCAGCAGUACCCGCCUCAGCAGUACCCGCCUCAGCAGUACCCACCUCAGCAAUACCCGCCUCAGCAAUGCCCGUCUCAGCAGUACCCGCCACAGCAAUCACCCCAGCCGUACUACCAGCAGCAACCUCCUCCUCCCCCAUAUUCACAACCUCCCCCGGCGUACGGCUACCCGUCUCUGCCUCCAGCUAAUGUGGCAUACGCAGCUGGACCUCCGGUGAUGGUUGUACCGGAAGGACCUCCAUACGGAUACCGUAAGGAUUACGAUUCUCGAGGUGGUAGUGGCUUCGGUGGCUUUGGGGGUGGUAACCGUGGGGGUGGCAUGAGCACCGGACAGAUGGCUAUGGGUGUUGGUGCUGGUGUUCUUGGUGGUAUGCUGCUAGGUGAAGCUCUUGAUGACGUGUUUGAUUAA